GCAACGUCGACGAUGCCUGAAACACGGAACAAAUCGAUUAAAGAGUUUUUGACGCAGCUAGCGGACUUCUGUUGUGAUACUCAGUUCUAGCUGACUGUAAUCCUGCGUGGCUGGUAGCUCGUGGUGUAAACGUUUACUGUCGACGACGACGAGUCGCUGCUUAUCGUGCUUCAGCGUGCGCAACUUGAUUCGACGCCGACGACUGCGAUGAUCCUACGGAACAGUCAGCCGCCUCCUCAUUUCGCUGGAUGCGCCCCGGAUCUACGCAUAUACCCUUCCUGUUUGCGCUAUACCUGGCGAUCUUCUUGCUACCUGGCUCUUCUACCCCGGGUUUUCUCCUCACAUUCCCAUCGGAGCCCCUGCUACGUCCACGGCAAGAUCAGGGACGUCUCACUCAGCCAUCACCCAUUGGCAGGUCUUAGCAUGCUUGUUCGUCGGAUCUAUAGGUACCUCGUGGAGAGGCGGGUCGGUCUUUCCUUUGGGCGAUCGCGCGAUUGGCGAUUUUCAAGGCAACUUCUGCUGUGCAAAGCUAAGCGAACAAGCGCGAGCGGAGCCGUCAUCACCUGAAGCUUUUCGGGCGUGAACUUUGUGGCGGCCACAAUCCAACAAAUGAUCCAUGGCCAACCGAGCUCUCCCUUUUAAACCCUUCCACGUUGGCGUUCCCCUUCUCCCGCCCCACCCUGGCAUGUCUACACUGACGGUGACCUAUCCCACCACACCGCCCACAGGCAAAUCCACCUCAUCGCAUACGAUGCCUCCCGUCAACCCUUCUCCAAAUGUCUUCGGGGCUGCUCCGUCAAGCGCCGGGACCGGGACCACCCACACAACACCGACGCGAAGAGGUGGUAAAUGCGUCUUCACCAAGCCCGAUGGCCUUCGCGCACCACUCAAGAUAUCGAUCCCUCCCCCUCAGGUACAUCCCGUACGGGCAGGCUCUUCCCAUCUCAGCUCGACGUGUCUCAGCCCGUCAGAGUCUGGCCCCGAUGACCUCGACUUCUUCUCUGGAUCCGACACGUCUUCCGAGGACCCUUCUGAACCUACCACGCCGCGAUUUGCCGUUAGGCUACUGUCACCUCGGAAAUCCGGCGUAUUCGCGCCAACGCCAAUAUCCCCCAGUGUCAAGAUCUCAGACGAUCUAGGGCUCGGGUCCCUCUCGCUCUCUGGAGGAUCGCCCGCGUACAGCUUGAAGUCUGCCCCAUGCUCUCCCAGGAAGUUCAUCUCCGUGCGGACGGCCGCGUUCGCAGACCUGAUUCCGCGAUCGUCGAGUCAGGUUGGACCGUUCCAGUACCUUCGGAUGCUGAACAAGGGCAGCUUCGGCACUGCGUACAUCUCGCUCGAAGUAUCAACAGGUCACGUUCUUUGCACGAAAGUCUCGGCGAAGAAGCCCAUCAGGGGUCGCGAAGAACAUCUGCGCGGCAUGACCGCCGAGCUGCUGGCUUACAAACGGAUCGCAUUGGCGGAACCCUGCGCGAAGAAGUGGAUUAUGGACAUACACGGCGUGCUGCAGACUUCGAAGGAAGUUAUCUUUGCCAUGGACGUCAUGCAGACGGACUUAUUCUCCUUCAUCGAUGUGACGAAUCCGCCCAAACUUGUUUCGUGGUGGAUUGCCCAGAUCGCAUUGGGUAUUGACGCGCUGCACGGCAUGGGCAUUAUCCAUCGGGAUAUCAAGCCCGAGAACAUUUUCAUUGUCCCGGGCACAUCUUCGCUCCGUAUUCGUAUCGGGGACUUCUCCAAUGCUUGGUUGGCCCCUGGCGACUCUCCGGAGGAAUGGUCGAACUCGUACGACGUUGAGCCAGGCAAGGCCCUGGAUCCGAAGCGUCUGUAUGCCAUUGCGCAUGUCGGCACUGAGGCGUACAUGGCGCCGGAAAUUAGGACAAGGGAUCAGUGGUAUGGGCCCAUGGUCGACUGGUGGGCGUUGGGAUGCACGAUGUAUGACCUACAUGUGGGGGACCAGUUCCUCUUCCCUGAUAAUCGUACGGUGGACGGUCUGCGAAAGUAUCAAGCUAGUGGAAGGGAUGCCGCGACUUGGAUCAAGUCGCGCGUAUCCUACCUCUCCAAGGAGGCGGCAGAUGUUAUGGGCGGGCUGCUGGAUUGCGAUCCUGAAAAGCGAUACAAGCUCGAUGACCUCCUACGCCAUCCGUACUUCCGCGAUCUGCGAACGAAGAAGAGUGUUUUCGACGAGGUAAUGUCUUUCCCACUAAUACCCGAAACAAAAGGCGAGCCCAUCUCCCAAACUCUAUGGCUCUGCACCAGCCUCGCUCCGCGUCACCCAGACGCCGCCGUCGAGCACAUGCCGCUCUGCCGUGCCGUCGUAAAGCCCACGAACCCCGAUGAGCCGGAAUUCGACGACUUCGCUUGGAUAAACCCGAACGGAGUGUGGUGUGACAGUGAUGACUUUUAACGACUUCGUGAUGCACGCUUCUACAUUAUCGGUCACACCUACGGUGGUAUCUAUAAUCGAAAGCCAAUAUACCCGUCCAGCAUAUACCAACUCUCGAAAUGCAAACGUAAUGUCACAUGUUGUACACUACUACACGUGUUUAUACGUAUUAUGUGAACGACCCCACUACUGUAUUUCCAACGUACACUACACGC